CCUAGCUCAGCCGUCUCCCUGGUGACCGCUACCGGUCACCCAUUUGGCCUCCAAGCCCGGAGAUGCGUCAUUUUCUGUGCGCCGGAAGCGAAAAUUCCUGCACUGGUUCACGUGGAAAACGCACUGCCGGGCGGGAGCCACGGAAAGUUAGGCAGGCGUAGGCGGUGUGAGACGGCGGGGCCGACGGCCCUUUUGCUGGACCCAGUGAUAAUGGCAGUGUUUCACGAUGAGGUGGAGAUCGAGGACUUCCAAUAUGACGAGGACUCGGAGUCGUAUUUCUACCCCUGCCCGUGUGGUGAUAACUUCUGUAUCACCAAGGAGGAUUUGGAGAAUGGGGAAGAUGUGGCAACGUGUCCUAGCUGCUCUCUCGUUAUAAAAGUGAUUUAUGACAAAGAUCAGUUUAUGUGUGGAGAAACAGUCCCAGCCCCUUCCACCAACAAAGAAUUAGUUAAAUGCUGAAGACGACCUUAGGAAUCCAAAUCUUGAACAGCUGGGAAUGAGCCAAGUUGGAAAAGUCAAAUGCAAAGUUAUAGGCCUCUUCAUGGGGACAACCAUUUUGUGGCUUGCUGUUCCGUUAGAGUGUGGAUUCUUACCAUGGACAGCCACAUUCAUCUUCAGUUAAAGAAGCUGGCCACAACAUGACAUGCCUGAUUUUCAUGCUUACACCUUUGAGUCGCAAAUGGUCUUAAUUUUCCACUUGAAUUUUAAAGGAAAAUGAUUUCAAAUCAGUGCUUUCUUUCCCUCAGUUUCAUCAAAUCUUAAACUUAAUUACUUCAGUAUCUGAUAACAGCAUCAUCUACCUCAAAGUCAUUGGUAUUCCUUAACGAAAAAGGGAUUGUACUUUUGGCUUGGUAAUUAAGAUUAUUAAAAUUAGCCUUUCCUUUGAAAUUUGAGAUGACUUUUCCUGUUUUAAACUUAAGAAUAUUAGCUUCCUUGUCAGGACUGCACUUACAGUUACUGCACCAAGCUAGUCUCCUCAGUCUUGUCGUUAUUAAAAUGUUCAUGUUAUUUUAAACAUGGCUUAUCUGUUACACUUCAUGUGUAGAGGGCUGGGCGUGGUAUUAAAAAGGAAAUGUAGUGAGCUCAUGAUUUCUCCAGAACUAAAAGUUAGUUGAAUGAGAAAGAAAAAAUCAAAAAGUGAAAUGAUAAAAGAAUAUGGAGUUUUCUUGUCGAUAUUCUGUAUGUUUCUUUAAAAUUGGGACAAGAUAAAAAAACAAAACAGCCACGGGAAGAAUGAGGAGCAAAACAUGCCAGCUUAGCAAGUGACAUGCUUGCGUGAUUCUGCCAGAUCAGGGCAAGUCAUAUUUCUAUGGCUAGAUUUUUGUUCGCUUGUUUUUAGAAAAGGCUAAUGAAACGACACUCCAGCUGGGGGCUAAUGUCAAGUCUUUAUUCCUGGUGGCAAUGCCUCCAACAUUAUCACAGUAUCAGUUUACUACUCCUAAAAGGUGAAGCAUCUAUAAUAACUCCUCAUUUGCUUAAAAUGAGCUUGAAAACAGGAGGCUGUUUCUGAGUAAAUAUGCCCAUGGAGGGGCAUAUAACCUGUAACCGAACCAGACAUAAACUCUUACAGAGAAAUGUUCCCCUGAAGAAAAGUAAAUACAAAAAGAUAGGCCACCAGCCUUCCUUUGCUGUAGUGCUGAGAGUAGCAAAAAUUAGAAUCACAUAUGGAAAUCUGAAAACCCCCUUUAUAAAUGCAACUUUCUUCUGUGUAUAAAAAGUUAAAAAAAAAAAAAGCAUUAUUAUCUGGCAGGAUGUGUAGGAAAUGACUCCUGCAGCUAGAGAGAAAAAUGGCUUACCACAAUGUGAACAUUCUGUAACUGAUUGAUAAAUGUGAUGCACACGCUCACUGGGGGCUUCAAUUAAAACAAGUGUAUGGCCUUUUUUGUCUGCCAGCAGCAUGGCUAUGUUUAACCAUUAGUCUGAGACAAUAAAUCACCAGAAGUUGUAUGCUGAAAUGCUUAGGACGUUACCAGCAGCAUCAUAUGGCAUAUUCUUGAUGUGAUGAGAAAUCGCAUUGCUUGGUGAGACACUGACACCCAGAAGUAAUCCACAACUGCUCUGCAGGAGCUGUUGGAACCAGUGAAUGCUCAAAUGAACAGCAGGAUGCUAAGUGAUAACUGAGUGGAAUGAGCCGUAAAGAGAAGUGAACUCAAAUGUUGAUGGCUUUGUAGGUAUCAAUAACAAGUUGGUUCCUUCUGCUAAUAUUAAAUUUCAAACAAGAAGAGACCCUUAAUGUGAUCUAUUCUGAGCAUAGAACAGGAAGAAAAGUUGCCCAAGUCCGAACAGGAGAAAAGAAGCAUAAACAGCACUAGCAGUGUUCAGUGAUAAGCCACAACUAUGGGAAUGACUUUGUCUCCACAGCAACCAAGUCACUAAAUUUGUGAACUACAAAAGAACACAUCAGGAUUCAAUCCUUUGUUAAGCAUAAAAUGAAACUAGGGUCUUUUCAGAUAUGAACUAGAGUUUUGUGUGAUAUUUGUGCCUUAUUUAACCCAACAUGUUUCUGGAGCACCUCAACUGAUUUGUAGAACAGGCUGUCUCUUACUGGCUUUGUAAUCUUUGGCAAGGCUAGUAGAUCCCUCAUUUGUACAAUUAGGAGCCUGGAUUAGCUCUAUGUCUAAGCUGUCAGUUCUGUAUCAUGGCUUGGUAGCUUGCAGGAACUGAAAUGGCAAUUGAAACCUUUAUAAACUCAAACUUUAGAUCAUGAUUUACUGUGAAGACACUCCAUUCUUCAAUAACUUGAUGUUGCCACACUUCAGAGUUUGAAUGUGAAGUCAACUGGUUCUACAUACACUUUGGUGUACAUACGCAGAAGCAUUUCUCUUGGAAAGUGUCCAACAUUUUUUGAUAACUAUUAAUUUAUUACCAGGAUAAACUGUACUGGCAUGCUAUAUAAAGAUAAUUUAAAUCCACUUGUUUUUAUGUCAUUUUUCCGUACCUAAAUACCAGCAUUUUUAAUUAAAAGGUUUUAGUAUAAUUUUACAUCAGGUAGAAAUCUUUCUUAACUUGCUUUGGGGCAUUUUAAGUAGGUUUCUGGUAUGAACAGAGUUUUAAAUCAGAACUUGCCACUGUAUAGUUUGGCCACCUGGAUUUGGAUUCUUGGUUUUAUUAUUUGAAGAAGAAAAAAAAAAAGCUUUGAGUCAAGUGGCAAUAAGGCAAAGAUACUUGGCAUUCUUAGGUGAAUAAUUGAGUUUACUGCUGGGAAAACAACUAUUUUUAAGGCUGAUGAUCAA